AUGAAUUCACGAAGAGCGCCAGAUCCCGCCGCCCAACGUGCUGCCCAGAACACGCAAACUAUUAAGAGUCUAUUGAAGCUCGAGGGCAACAAGACGUGUGCUGAUUGCAAAAGAAAUAAGCACCCAAGAUGGGCAAGCUGGAACCUAGGCAUAUUUGUCUGUAUAAGAUGUUCUGGUAUACACCGAGGCAUGGGGACACACAUCAGCAGAGUCAAGUCUGUGGAUCUCGACUCGUGGACCGAUGAGCAACUGCAGAGCGUGUUAAAAUGGGGCAAUUCGAGGGCAAACAAGUAUUGGGAGGCAAAGCUAGCACCUGGACAUGUGCCCUCCGACUCGAAGAUCGAGAACUUUAUCAGGACGAAGUACGAGUCCAAGAGAUGGGUUAUGGAUGGGGAAAUUCCAGAUCCAGCAACACUGGAUGCCGAUGGAGACGACGAUGUGCCCUUGAGCCUGGUAAAAGAGAAACAUGCUAUCGACCGCUCAACAUCGCAAAAGGGUCAAUCAAGUCAGCCAGGCGGCUCCUCACAGAUUAGGCGGGCGCCUCAGCAAGAUCUUUUUGGAGAUGGUAUUGGGCCUCCUCCAAGAGCAACUUCUGCUACGGCAAUACCUUCUAGACCUCCACCAAAGGCUGAUCCUGCGCCGCCAAAGCAGACGAAGCCCGCGGACUCGCUGCUCGGAUUAGACUUUUUUGGUACCGAAGCGCCUCCUCCCAAUCGACCAAUGAGUGCAGCAUCGACACCGGGCGCUCAGUCACGGCCAGAUCUCAAGCAAUCUAUCCUAUCUCUUUACGCCUCCGCUCCUCGACCACAAACCCAGCAACAACCGUCUCAUGCAGCUUCAGGGUCAUUUGGUGGUAUGCAGUCGGCUCCCCCGAUACAGCAACAUAAUACAUAUGGUGGAAUGAACGAUGCUUUCAGUGGUCUGAGCUUCAACAGCUCUACUUCCCCAGUAUCCCAACAGUCACAGUUUCAGUCCCAGUCCAAACCCAAUGCAUUCUCGGGCUUAGGCAACAUUUCGAGCCACCAGAAGACACCUUCUCAGGUUUCACCGCCACCCUUAAGUGGAGGCGGCUUCUUCGAUACCAAACCAGCCCAAAUACCCGCAGCUCAACCCCCACAGCAUUCUCGAGGAUUCGGUUCUUCCAGUGGCUUUGGUGCUUUUGAUUCGGCUCCAAACAUGUCUCCAGCAAUUUCAUCUAAUCCUCCACCUGCGAGCUCGGCUAUGGAUGAUCUCUUCGACUUUUCUACUCCAGCAGCUCCAUCGGCCGCUCCUCCAAAGCAAACUAUUGCCUCACCAAUUGCAACACAUUCAUCCGUCUUCAACCUCUCACAACCAGCACCAAAACCUCAACCUGUAGCGCCAGCAGCAGCAAUGAGCGGUUGGGGUAAUAGCGAUGAUUGGGGAUCGAGCAAUGCCUGGGAUGCAAAGGCCAGUCCAGUUAUGAGUAAACCGGCCCCUCCGCAAGCUAGCUCAGGUGACUUUGGCUGGGGAUCUAGUGGAACUGCAUUGGCAAAUCAGAGCAUUGUACCAGGGGGUGGAGGAGGCUUUAGCACAGCAAGUGCUGCACCACCAAAGGUUACUGUAGACGAUGAAUUUGGUGGAUGGAGUAGUGCUGCACCAGUUACUGCUGCAGCUGGAACACAGCCAAAGCCUGCCACUGGGUUCUCUGGGGCUGGCGGCGAGGAUUUGUUUUCGAACGUUUGGGAAUGA